AUGGUUCCAACCGGCGAGAUCACGAUGAAUCCUUACCAAAGGCUUGAUCUUAUGUGGAAGGGCUUCCACGACUACGACGAGGAGAGCAAAGGCUGGGAUAAAGCACACAAACGAUGUGCGGAAAUGGAACGGGAGAGUUUUCCACCGGAAGAUG